CAACUCAGCACUGGCUAAUUAUCGAGCAGCAGACGAUCAUAUUUGCUGUAAUAAAAAAAUUUUAAUAUAUAUUUGAAAUUUCAGUGAACACAAGUGAUACUUUUGAACCACCAUAAAGUUAAAAAAAAACUGUUUCAUUGAAUUGUACUGCCAUUAAUCAUGUUCAUUUCAUAUUCAACAAAGUUUCCGUAUUGUUUUCGCCUUAAUUUAUGCGUGAGAAAAUCCGUUAAUGGGUUGCAUAACGUGAUACCUUUAAGGUUCUUUAAAAAUGGUCCAGGACUUCAAAGCUUUUCAAAUCCAACUUCCCAGGGUCUACCCAAAAAAAAGGAAGUUUUUGGUAAGAAAGGUCCCAUAUCAUAUAAAACCUUGUUAGUCACAGCUGGCUUGAGUGGAUCUUUGCUGGCAUUUAUGCUCUACGUUAGAAAGGAAAAGGAAGCAGCCAUUCAGCUUGAAAGAAACAGAGCCCUAGGAAAAGCAGCAAUAAGUGGAAAAUUCAAUCUAGUGGACCAUAACGGAGUAAAAAAAUCUAGUGAUGAUUUUUUAGGACAGUGGCUUCUAGUAUAUUUUGGUUUUACUCAUUGUCCUGAUAUAUGUCCAGAUGAAAUUGAGAAGCUAGUGAAAGUGGUUGAUAAUCUAGAUCAAAUGAAGGGAGUUCCGAAAGUUCAACCAUUGUUCAUCACGGUUGAUCCUGAUCGAGAUUCAAUUCAGUCUGUUGAAAAAUAUGUCAAAGAAUUUAGUCCUAAACUUAUUGGCUUAACUGGGAAUAAGGAACAGAUUGCUGAGGCAUGUAAAAACUUCAGGGUAUAUUUUAGUGCAGGACCACGAGAUCAAGAUGAUGAUUAUAUAGUGGAUCACACUAUAAUCGUUUAUCUGAUUAACCCAGAUGGUGAAUUCGUGGAUUAUUAUGGACAGAACAAAACUUCUGAAAAUAUUUCAGCUGGAAUAUUGCUUAACAUCUCCAAGUUUGAUCAAUCAAAACAUUCAUUUUGGAAAUAAAUUUGUCACUGCAUAUUA